GACAAGUAUAUAUGGGUCCAGUGUUUACAGUUAGCUAGUGAGAGGUUUUUGUUUUUGUCAUCACCCAAAAGUCAAAAUGUCCCGGCUGUGCAACAGCCCCCUGUUUUCCUUAUAACUUCGAGGGCAAAUAUUGUCAAAGAUACUGAUAAACUUUUCCAGCAUACAGAUUUAUUUUUCUCCAUACUUUUUUUUUUGUUUUUUUCCACCACUUGUAACUGAAGAGGACGCUUCAGCUGGAAAGUUCUGCAUAAGGUCAUCUUAAAGUUAAGAGAAGAUCUACAUUAAAGGUGGCAGCCAUGGUGUUGAUUCUGGGCAGAAGGAUGAACAGGGAGGACUCUGGGAUCAGAGACUCACCAGCUGUCAAACGCAAGGUAUUUGAGGUUGACUCCAAGACUUUAGGCAGCCAGGAUGUCUUGGACUUCUGUUCCGGCUCAUCCCACUCAGAGGGAAUCCUGCAGGUGUUCAACGAGUUCCGUGACUGCCGCCUGUUCACUGACGUGGUCAUCUGCGUACAGGGCCGUGAGUUCCCCUGCCACCGUGCCGUGCUCUCCGCAUGCUCUUCCUAUUUCAGAGCCAUGUUCUGCAAUGAUCACCGCGAAAGCCGCGAGAUGCUGGUGGAGAUCAACGGCAUCCUGGCCGAGGCGAUGGACUCCUUCCUCACCUAUGUUUACACCGGCCGUGCCAAGAUCACUACCGAGAACGUCCAGUUCCUCUUCGAGACCUCCAGCCUCUUUCAGAUCACCACGCUGCGUGAUGCCUGUGCAAAGUUCCUGGAAGACCAGCUGGACCCGUGCAACUGCCUGGGUAUCCAGCGAUUCGCUGAUGCCCAUGCCCUGAAACAGCUGGCUAGCCGCUGCCGCAGCUAUGCCCUAGCCAACUUCUCAGAGGUGGCCCAGCACGAGGAGUUCCUUGACCUGCGGAGAGAGGAGCUGGAAGAGUACAUCGGCAGCGACGAGCUGUCCAUUGGCAAGGAGGAGGUGGUGUUUGAGGCAGUGAUGCGAUGGGUGUACCACGGUGUGGAGCAGAGGAAGCCAAUGCUGAAGGCCCUGCUGCACCAUGUCCGCCUGCCCCUUCUGCACCCCAACUACUUUGUCCAGACAGUGGAGGGAGAUCAGCUCAUCCAGAAUGCCCCAGAGUGCUACCAGCUUCUCCACGAGGCCAGGCGCUACCACGUGCUAGGAAAUGAAAUGAUGUCACCCAGAACUCGUCCACGCAGGUCGACUGGCUACUCUGAGGUGAUUGUUGUUGUUGGUGGCUGUGAGAGGGUGGGGGGCUUCAACUUGCCCUACACUGAAUGCUAUGAUCCAGUCACAGGAGAGUGGAGGUCACUGGCCAAACUGCCCGAGUUCACCAAGUCAGAGUAUGCUGUCUGCGCUCUCCGCAAUGACAUUCUGGUGUCAGGUGGUCGUAUUAACAGCAGGGAUGUGUGGAUGUAUAACUCGCAGCUCAACCUGUGGAUCAGAGUGGCAUCUCUUAACAAAGGCCGCUGGAGACACAAGAUGGGUGUCCUGCUGGGCAAGGUGUACGCUGUGGGUGGCUAUGAUGGCCAGAGCCGCCUGAGCAGCGUGGAGUGUUACGACUCCUUCUCUAACCGCUGGACAGAGGUGGCUCCAAUGAAAGAGGCGGUCAGCUCCCCGGCCGUGGCCAGCUGUGCUGGCAAGCUCUUUGUCAUUGGAGGAGGACCUGACGAUGAAACCUGUUCAGACAAGGUUCAGUGCUACGAUCCAGAGACAGAUUCUUGGUUGCUACGAGCCAACAUCCCCAUUGCCAAGCGCUGUAUCACAGCAGUGUCCCUCAACAACCUGAUCUAUGUGUGCGGUGGUCUCACCAAGUCGAUAUUCUGCUAUGACCCCGCAGAGGACUACUGGAUACACGUGGUUCACACCUUUAACAAACAGGAGAGCUGUGGUAUGUCAGUGUGCAACGGCAAGAUCUUCAUCCUCGGCGGCAGAGGGGAAAAUGGCGAAGCUACAGACACCAUCCUGUGCUACGACCCAGCAACAGGCAUCAUCACAGGAGUGGCGGCCAUGCCGCGGCCAAUCUCCUACCAUGGCUGUGUGACCAUCCACCGCUACAAUGACAAGUAUCACAGGCCCUGACCAUAAACAAACGCACAGACACAUACACACACACUCUCUCUCAUGAGAGCACAAACUAAAGAACUUCUAUCUCUUUGUAACUUAACUUCUUCAUGUUCACCCCAUGUACAGCACAAACACAAUCACCUACUUCUUUAGAACCGGCACAUUUAAUCACAUAGUACCGUUGAGCUAAUUUAUUUUCUCACAGCAUCAUGUAGCAAUAGUCCCUACAGUGCUGUGAAUAUUUUUACUGUUGUGUACCUUAGUUAUAUCCCUUGUGUGGAAAUGCUUAGUGGUUGAUAACGCUAAUGACUUGUCUGUAACUUGAGAUAAAGUGGAGUCAGAUCAACAUUGCAGAUUUGUCAGGCAUCAGUGGUAAUUGCACAGGGUUGGGGAGUGAUGGAUCACAUAUAAGAAAAUUAAAACUGAUAAUGCUAAUUCCCAUAAAUUAGAUAUUUUGUCGGAGGGUAUAAAUUGAAAUUUUAACUUCGAGAUUAGUUUUGAACCUGUGGAACACUUAACUGUAGUAACUAUAUUAUCAGAGUCAUGUACUUAGCUUUUCACAGAGUUUUUAACCAUAUCCCAUCAUGUGACUUGAGUACAGUGCUGAGCUUCAAUUAGCUGAAGAAGGCCAUGGUACAUGUUUGAAAACCUCAUUCAAAAGCUAAGUAAGUAAAUGUUAGUUCAGACUGUUUUCCAUAUGAACUGUAAAAGGAAAUGAACUAUGCUGAGUGUAGAGGAUGGUGAUCUUCUAUUCUUCAACACUGACGUUUCUGACGGUAAAUGUUUUGCUCAGUUAACUGCAUGUUAUAUGGAUUUAAUAAUAACAGGAAGAGCUAAAACUCCUAAUAACAUUAUUGAGUUUUAAUAAUUGAAUUUACUGUGAUAUUGGUUGUGAUCACAUAAUCAGUUUGAAAGUGAACUUCCCAACAAUGUGCUUUUAUUACUGUGCAGAGUCACCCUGAGAUCUGAGUCACUGAUGAGCUAAAGUAAUCACAGAUAGUGCUGUUGAACAAAAAUAGUGCCUUGAGACAUAAACUGAAAAGUAUCCAUACAAAAUCAAAGAGUGAUCUGUCAGCAGAAAAAAAUUAUAGGAUUUUAUUUUUGACUGAAAGACAAGCAGCCAGGUCAGAUAUCUCACCUUGUACCCACUGCACUCAAUGCAGAUAUGUACAUUCAGUACAGCACAGCACUGGUAAAGAAUAUAAAAAAGUACUGUUUUCUGUUUUUUAGCUCUUUUCCAUCACACAAAAAAUGACCUGAUUAAAAAUGUGGUAAACAGUCAGCCAGCUGCUCUACCACACUAUCAGAGGUCAUAUAUGUAAGUUGCUCUCACCCAGGGUUAAGAGAAGCGAUAAAGAGCGGAGACUAAUAUAAUAUUGGAACAUAGCCACUGUUAGCUCUGCCCUAUUGUUUCCUUUUUUUUUCUGACAUCUCUCCACUUAUCACCUGGUUUCACUUCCUCUGUGUGUUUCCCUUUUCCCUGCUCUAGCUGUGUCAUCACCUCACAUUUUCUGAUCCACAUUGACACCCCCUUUUUAAGCUUUAUUUUGCUUUAUUUUUUUUACAAUUAUUCUUAUUACACAUUUUCUUUUUUUAAGUUAUACUUGUUUGUUCUUUUUUAUAAAUGGAUGUUUAUUGUAAUAUUUGUAGCUGUAGUGUGUCUAUAUCAUAUCAAUGUUAGUUCAUUGGUGUACUGGGCUCGUGGGUGGUUUUGUAGAUGUGAGAAGCCUUUGUAGAUCAAACUCGAAGACUGCUCUGAAUAAGUGGCGUGCAUGUUUGGUGUGUAUGUAUGUAUGUGACUUUUAUGACUCAGUCUGGAUGCAUUGGAGUCACAGGGGUUUGUCAAGGAGUUCUUAGCGUAAGCAUUACACGACCACUAAUCUCUUUUGUUAACAGAACUCUUUACACUGAUGCUGGCACCUCUCACCUGUACACUUACAUGUAAAGAUGCAACUCGGGGUAACCAUAGAUACCUCCAGGUGUGUAUGUGUAAAUGAGUGUUUACUGGUCAGCUAAGGUGGCGCGUGUAGCAGUGCUAUACCUCGCUCGGUAGGGGGUUAAGAGUUCUGAACAACAAGGAUUUUGGAUGGAGUGGCUCAUGGUCAGUAAAAGUCACCUUUUACUACAGUUGGUGUUGAUAGACUAGAGAUAUUGCUGUGAAUAUAACUUUAAUAUUUUUUGUUUUCUUUGUUUAACUUGUAUUUAAAUGUAUCUCUUUCUUGGUUACAUAUUGUAUUUUUCUGUAAAUGAGAGCCCCAAUUGUGCACUUUGACAGAAUCCUGUUAAAUGUAGAAUUAUAUGAAAAUGAUUUCCCCCUUUUUUUUUUACUGUAUCAGUAAAUGUUCUUUGCUUUCAUGUGACGUAUGUGAGCGACAGUAAAAGGGCCUGUCAGCUCCUCCUUUUGGCCACUACCUCCUCUGGCUCUGAGAAAUUAACAAAAUAACAAAAACAACAAAGAUUGCUGCAAGAGAACAACGCCAAGAAUGAGUGAGAGAGUUGUAAUUUGUCAUUUUUCAGGGGGGGUGAGAAAUGUGCUUCCAUCUGUCAGUCACAAUGCCAGAAAACACACGUGGGGGUGUUUCACCAUAAACUGCCCCCGAAGCAUUUUCUGAGAAGGAUGAGUUAACGUGUCAGGUCUUCAUCACAGGCUGAGAUGAAAACAUCCCCAGGCCUACCCACUCUCUUUUCCAGAGAAACAUGCUCAGAGUAACUCAGGAGGCCAACAAGAAGGAGGCUGAGGGGCAAGAAAGUGGUAUGGCAAAAGAGUAGGAGUUAGAUAAACAGUGAGAGAGAGAGAGGAUUUGAGUGUGUGUGCGUCUGUGAUUUCACUGAGUAUUUACGCAGAAUGGGACACAAACACUCCCGUUAUGCUGAUUUGUUGAUUUUCAUUAUUCACUGUGUAGAGGCUUUCAUACAUUGUUUGCUUUUGAUAAGAUUAUUUGUUGUUUUUAUGUUUGCUGAUCUUUUUGUGGUGAGGUGUGGGACUGUGUGUUGCUGAGAUAUUUUGACUCCUGCAUGCACAUGGCAUGCCAUUAAAUAAACUCUGAAGAGCUGAGCAUUAAAAGUUGAUUGAUGGGGUUUUUAAUAUGAAUGCAGAUAUAAGCCAAAGUGGAUUUGAUUCAAUCCCAAAGGUGACUUUGUCGAGAAAUGUCAAUGAAUAAAUUGUGCUUGCAUGCAAGAUGGUGGCUUUAACCUGUCAUUUGCAGAAUGUUGCCCUAUGUGCCUUAAUAAAAGAAUAACAACUGGGGGAAUUAGAUCAGAUCAUUUUGAUAUAAACUUUUUUAUCAUUGUAUGUAUGAUGUGAUAUUUUAACACCACUUUAUCCUCAGAUGCUCUUUAUCUAACUGCGAGAAAGCUUUGGAUUUUUGUAAACUGCAGUAUGUUGAAAUGUAAAAGGUUAACUUGUGUAAGAGAAACAUCAAUAAAGAUUUUCUUUCUGUA